UCNAAAUAAAACGCGCGCGUUCGUGUCCGAGUGAAUUAUGGAUUCUUUAAUACUACAAGAAUUGCCGAGAAUCGUGGACGACGGUGCGUUCGGAAAAAAUGUCGAAUUCGUAUCGUUCGAAAAGAAUACGGACACAGUUAGCCAGGACCAAUACAUGUCUGUGGUGUCAUUUGGUACUGUCCUUACAUCGGACGGAUCGAAAUAUAACGUUUUGAUCAAAUGUAAAACCGAUGAUAAAGUGAAACGUGAGCGAUAUAAAAUCGAUUUACAAUUUCACAACGAAAUAUUAAUGUACGAAAAAAUCGUUCCGUUCUUAUUGAUGUGUCGUAGUUCAGUGAUCAGCGGAUUGAGUGGUCCGUCAAUACCACGGUUUUUUUAUGGCCGGAAUAGUUUCGAUGCGUCUGUCGAAAACGAUUUAAUAAUAUUGGAAAAUGUAAAUCCUUCGGGAUUCCGCUUGAGCGAAGAACGCCUGUUUCUAGACUAUGAUCAUCUUGUUAAAGCACUUCAAGCCAUUGCAAAGUAUGUUGCGACUACACAAAAACGAUUUAUAAUAAAGCAAAUUAUUAAACCAACGUGUUCGCAAAGAUUAAAAAUAUUGGUGUGUGGGUAUACGGUGAGGGGUAGGAUUAAAACAUCCNCCCCCCCCCCCCCCAGAAAAAGGUUUUGAAAUUCACCACUGAAAUAUUGUUACACUUUACAAGUUUUUGUAGUAUAUAUUAAAUAAUAUUUUUAGGUAUUUUACCUUUUUUUGUCAUGUUAUUUAUUUACGGGGUACGUGUACAAUUUUGUACAUCAAAACGAUUAUUCGAAUAACAUUAAUCAUUGAAUAAAAAUUAAUAAUCUGUAUUUUAUUAGUGUCGGUUUAAUUAUAUUCAUAUUAUGAUAUAUUUACUUAAAUUUCACGUUUAGGAAUGUGAAGACUAUUUCCUGAGCACACGUCAUAGUAUAACCAAUGCAUUGCUCGCCACGCUACGCUCUGAAUCUUGACGAACUUGAAACUCUCGACCGACCAACAAAUAAAAGUCCUCCCAUACUAAUGAAAUUAUUUGUACCGAUUGGAUUGUAUUUGUUUAUCCUAUGAUGACAUAGGUUACUCUUUUCAUUUUUUUUUUUUAAUGCGCAUAGCUGUUGAAAUUAAAUUUCCUCGUUUAUAGGUACUUGCAAAUUCCUAUUAAAAAAAUUGUAUUCAAUUACUGUGCCAAUAUUGUGUAUUUAUUAUUCCAACAGUUAUUUAUCAAUUUUUGUCGAGUGCAACUAACAAAUAUCUAAUUGACUUUUUGUGAACAUAUUUAUACACCUAUAGAUAAGUGAUUAUAUUGAAGUAUUUUCAAUUACACAUAGAUAGCAUUAAUUUCUCGUAUAGUGCGUGUUGUUACAAAAUUAAAGUGCAAAAAUGUAUCCACAGCAUUCGCGUGGCGGUAAAACGUUUUGCGAAUCAUUCAUACUAUUUGAGAUUUGUUCUACUACAAACCUCGCACAUUGAGGUGUUAUAUCAGGUAUUGAAAAUGUAUACUUUAUCACGAGCGUACAUUUUUCUUCGUGAAUGUCGGACACUUGUAUAUCACUUGUAAAUACCAAAAACACCAAAAAGUCAAUUUCGUAAAAAAAUAUAAUUUUAUAGAAAAUAAUAAUAAAGAUAUUUUUAGGUUAGGCAAAGGAGAAAAUUUCAAUAGUACUUGAUGUUUUACAUAAAAUGUUAAGACAGUUAUUUUUUUUCAAUAAGUGGGAUAAUUAUGCUACUAAUGUUUUUGACGAAGAAUAGUUAACUAGUUCUCAAUAGCCUUAAAUUUGUGGAAACAUAAAACUACAUUUGGCAAUACUAAAAAAUCGAAUACUUUUAUUACGUUUAGAUAAAUAUAAUUGAUACUUUAUAAAACAGUUUUGUUUAUUGCACGGUAAGUAGGUCCAUAAAAUGUAUUCCAUUGCGUUAUAUGAAUUAUUGAUAAUAAUCGAUAAGAGAAGGAGUUAUAUAGUAUUUGGUUAGAAAAUGCAAAAUCAAUUAGUCUUCAAUCCAAUAAGGAAAACAAAACGCGUGCGUUCGUGUCCGAGUGAGUUAUGGAAUCUGUAAUACGACAAGAAUUGCCGAGAAUCGUGGCCGACGGUGCGUUCGGAAAAAAUGUCGAAUUCGUAUCGUUCGAAAAGAAUAAGGACACAGUUAGCCAGGACCAAUACAUGUCUAUGGUGUCGUUUGGUACUCUCCGUACCUCAGACGGAUCGAAGCAUAACGUUUUGAUAAAAUGUAAAACCAAUGAUAAAUUUCUACGCGAGAAACUCAGAAUCGAUAUACAAUUUCACAACGAAAUAAUCAUGUACGAAAAAAUCGUUCCGUUCUUAUUGACGUGUCAUGGUUCAAUGGUCAGCGGAUUGAGUGGUCCGUCAAUACCACGGUUUUUUUACGGCCGGAAUAGUUUCGAUCUGUCCGUCGAAAACGAUUUAAUAAUAUUGGAAAAUGUAAAUCCUUCGGGAUUCCGCUUGAGCGAAGAACGCCUGUUUCUAGACUAUGAUCAUCUAGUUAAAGCGCUUCAAGCCAUUGCAAAGUAUGUUGCGACUACACGAAAACGAUUUAUAAUAAAGCAAAUUAUUAAACCAACGUGUUCGCAACGAAUAAAAAUAUUGGUGUGUGGGUGUACGGUGAGGGGAAUGGUUAAAACAUCCCGAGACACUGAUUUAGUUUUCGUAAAAUUUUUUUUUAAAUAUACGGUACCUUACACAUACAUUUAAAAUACGAGUACAUAUUAUUUUUCUGGUCCUCCUCCCCCCCCCACCCCUCAGAAAAAUGUUUGAAAUUCGCCAUUGAAAUACUGUAACACUAUACUAGUGUUCGUAGUAUAUAUUAAAUAGUAUUUUCGGGUUUUUUUUACCUUUUUUCGUCGUGUUAUUUAUUUACGGGGUACGUGUACAAUUUCGUACGUCCAGACGAUUGUUCGAACAACGUUAAUCAUUGAAUAAAAAUUAACCACGUGUAUUUUAUUAGUGUCGGUUUAAUAAUAAUCAUAUUAUGAUACGUUUAUUUAAAUUUAACGGUUAGGAGCGUUGAGACUAGUGUCCGAGUGUUUGAACGCUCGGUUCGUUAAUACGUGACAAUUGUUUAUGUUCAGGUUUCACGGAUUGUCGUACAUAGCGAAACAUAAGGAUCUAACCGGCUUCCGGGAAGUUAUCAAAGGCGUUAUCGAAAAGAACAAAGCCGUUGACGAGAAGGGAUCGUGGCCACAAAUGCUGUACAACUCGUUACACAAAUUCGGUAAACGGGGCAUAGACCGGUUACUGGAAAGGGACGGCGUUCGAUACCGGGGAAACGAUAACCUACGGCGAUUCGAAGAGCUCAUCAAGGACGGGGUGAAUUCGGCGAAGCGAGCAUACGAGCCUCGCGAACCGUGGUCCGUACUUUGUCACGGUGACUUUAACCGGAACAACAUGCUGUUCCGGUACGACGGCGAUGGCGGACGUCCCGUGGACACGCUGCUGUUCGAUUUCGGCACACCCAUCUACGGAUCUCCGGUGUUGGACCUGUCGUUCUUUCUCUAUAUGAACACCACGCAACAGAUGCGCGAGAGCCGGUUGGACGACUUGUUGAACGUGUAUUGCGCUACGCUAGCCGCCUCCGUCCCCGCGGGCGUCCGGGUUAUGGACCGGGCCGUACUGGACGCCGAAAUGGCCAAAUCGGCGCUUACUGGUUUCGCUUCCGCGUCGUUUUUUCUACCGACUCAGUUGUCCGAAACCUAUUCGCCGCCAACCGAUGUUAGCGAAAAAGGGGUAAUCGAUUUUUUUUUAAACCUGGGCGACACCGCGGGAACCGAAUACGUGGCCGACAUGGUCCAACACAUGGUCGACAUGUCAUAUAUAGAUGUUUAACGGGAUUUCGCGGUUUUUUUUUUUUGUCGUUUUUUUCAAUACAUCGUAUUUUAAUCAACAUAAUAAUUAUUCAAAUAGUUUAUACGAUCAUUUGUAAAUUUAAUCGAGUGUGCAAGGAAUUAUCCUCAUACUUACGAUAUUAUGAUAUUAUGACAUUAUUAAUAUUGUUUCCAAUUAAGAUAUUUUAAUAUUUUGUUUAUAUGUACUAGUUAAUAGCGUGAUAGUUUGGUGCAUAAAAAUGGUUACAACUAGUUUGCGCACAAAUUAUUAUAAGAGGAAUCACGUGCUAACGCAAUAGUAUAUUAACUGUUUAAUAAUUAUUACUAUACGUACGCAGAAAAUGAUAUUGCCGAUAUUAAAGAAUUUAUGAUUAAAACUAAUUUUAUAAGGAAAUCGUUAAAUAAUAAUGUUAGUGAUCAGCAUUAUCGAAAGGAAAUAAUACGAAUAAUUAUUAAACAGGUACCUCCGUGAACAAUCGAUGAAUUCCUUCUAGGGUGUACCUUUUGACAUUUUUUAAAUAAAUUUAAGAUAAAUGACAAAUUCAUUCAAAUGACCGCUUUCCCCAUUUUAUACCGUAAUAUUAUCAACUACAAUUAAUUUCAAAUUUUUAUUGCACCGAGGGCACAUUUUUAACCAACACAGAUAAGUUAUUAUAUUCGGUGGCAUUUCUAAGAUUGUGUUAGUGGAAAGGAAGAUAUGUACGCCAACGAAUGGUUGCAUGAAAAAUAAUCUGCGCGCAAACUGUGUUUGCCCCAUAGAAUGAGCUUGAUAACCGUUGUAAAAUUACCAAUAUGUAUAAGUAGUUUAUGGAUUCAUAUCAUCAAUAUUUAUAACUCGCAUAAUCAUAAUAUCGCAAACAAAUUCUUAAAUGCCGUAAAACGUUUAGUAAUAACUUAAAUACUUGUUGAUAAAAAAUUGUGACAUGUGAUAGCGAAAUGCUACUGAUGUUCCCACUGAUGUUCGUUUUUUUUUUAUUCAAUAUAACACAUUUUAAAUAGCAUAAUAAUUAGUAUCCAUAUAGUUAAUACAAUUAUUAGACAAUAUGACUAGAUAAUGUGAUUAUGCAAGUAAUAAUCCUUAAACUUAUUAUCAAAAAAUAAAUAUUGUUUUUAAUUAUGAUGUUUAUAUUAAUAAUUAGGUAUAUUACUAUAUGGCUUUUUGAUAAAUAUUAAUAGGCUUAUCUAUACUUACUGUGUUAGAAUGGGAUUAGCACAACAUUUAUGGUUCUUAUUAUUUGGAUUCUAUGAUAAAACUAAUACAUUUUUAAAUAAUCAAUGAUAUAACUCGUAGUAUUACCCGGUUUUGCUCACGAGCAAUUUGCUAAUGAAAAAUUCUUCCUUUUUUUCAAGUGGAGUCUACAAUGUUUUACCGCGAGUCAGUCAAGGCGAAACGAGCUGGUCCAUUUAUUAAAUCGUGAGAAACAAAAAAUGCAAUUUAAACAUACGAUUUGCAAAAUUAAAUAAUAUAUCGAAAAACAGGAUUGUCUGUUGAUAACUUUUAUUUUAAGACAAAUUUUCAACAAAUUUUAAGCCAAUAGGUACAUUGUAUAUUUGUCAACACCAAAAAUAAAAAGAUAUUUAUUUUGUUUAAAACAAUUUUUUACACAGAAAAUCUAAUUAAAUAAUUUUUAACAGUUACAAUUUAAUUUUUAAAUACUCAUUAGACAAUACACCCAUUCUAUAAACCUAUAAUACUAAUCUGCGCUCUAUUUCAUUAUUCACAGAUUUUAAUUCAUCAAUUCAUCUGAACGUUCAUUCAAUUUUCUUGUUCAACAAACAAAAUUACAAAGGAUUUCAGUCAUUUUUGCAACAUUGUAUUUCGGUUUUUUGAUUUUACAAUAGGUAAUUGAGAAAAUACUUUCUUACAGCUACAACUCGUGACAAAUAUGGUAUCAAAAUCUAUUAAAACCUUUUUAAAAUUUGAAAGUAUAUUUUGUCAUUAAUUUUUUUUUGAAAGUCAAUUGUUAACUGCUUUUGUUGAUAAGCCAUUUGGA